AUGAUGGAGGACGUGGUCGCCGUGGCAGACACCGCGGCUGAGGACGACGAGGUGGCAGCAGCCCAGUCGUCUAGAGACAGUCGUAAGCUGGACUGUAUUAUCUGUUACAGCGCCUACAACCUGGUUGAGAGACUUCCUCGGAAGCUCUACUGCGGCCAUACGUUCUGUCAGGACUGUCUGAGACGACUGGAUACGGUCAUCAACGAGCAGUUGUGGAUUCCUUGUCCUCAGUGCCGUCAGAACACUCCUGUACCUCGAGGAGGUGCCGUCGGUUUGGACCUGGACCUGGCAGCGUUUUUGGGUGUCAAAGCUGAAGUGGAGAACCAGAGAAGCAGCCCACAGAAAGUUCCUCUGGAGACCAAGUUGUCGUUUGUUAAGCAGCCGAUCACAGAUCAGCCUCCGUCUGCGUGGCCCAACACGGCGCUAAGCGAGCCUCGCUUCCACACCAGCCCCUGCUGUAGACACUGCCGCUUCUGCUGCUGGUGGUGUUAG